AUGGACAAAACCAACGUACUCACAAUAACAAACGUUGAAUAUGUUGGCUAUCGUAAAUUAAGUUUCACGUGCAGUACUGAAGAAUUGCAAACUUUCAUCACUUCAGCUGCUCCAUUAAUUCCGUUUUCCUCAUUACCAUUAAGAACCGAAAAAGAUUUAAGGGAUGCUGUUAUCAAUAAUUAUAUAUCCCUAAUUGAUAGUGGCAUCCCUUGUUUAUGGAGAUAUUCCGAGGGAACAAACCUCGAACACAUCUACAACCACGGUGAGAUAACUCGUGAGCUGUGGGUUUUCUGGUUGGGUUCCGAUGUUCCUGCUGUUUUGGCAGAUUUAUACAAAAAAGAAGAUUUUGUUCAUCAUUGUGAUGGUACAAUUUCAUUUGAUAAUUACGAUCGGGAAUUGGAGGCAUAUGGAUUAUUUGUAUCGGCGAUGAAGAAUAUAACAAACCGGUCUUUAAUUAAGAUGGGUGCUCUCCCAGUAGGCGAAUGGUGCACAUUUCCUACAAAAACACAAGAUUUAUACGACAGGCAUGAUAAAAAUCUCUUCAAAUAUACUAGUAUGCGCCCAAUUAGAAGAUCAGAUCUUGAAUUAGACGAGAUUUCUAUAUUAUUAGCACCAUCAGGAAUCACAGCAUCACUAUUACCAAUAAAAAAAUAUAAAGAGGAAGAUGCUAAUGCCAUCACAGAUGAUUUUGAAAGACUUUUUUCAAUAAAAUUAUCAACAUUAGAUUGUACCGAUUUACCACAAAUAAUGGAUGUAAAGAUAACUCAUGACAACAUAAUCAAAGAAUUUCCAUACCCAACGCAAUGUAUUUACGUAAUAUCUGAGUUGAAUAUGGGUUAUCAACGUGGCAUCUCCGAUGUUGGUACGGCUCCACAAUUCUGGAAUAAUAAAAAAACUGAAUUAUAUAAUACCGAUUGGUGGAAUUACAAAGAUCCUACACGUGAAGCUCAAAAGACAUUAUUACAGAGAAAUCAUAUUGAUCACAAUGGUCAAUCGCCAUCAGGUGUAGAAACUUCAAUGACUCCGAAUACUCCCGGUCUUGCUAAUAAUGCUACUUCAAAUGUCAACUCACCCGGUCACAACAAUUUAUCAUCACCAUCAUCGUCACGAUCUAAAAAACGUUCAUCAGGAGAAACCAAAGCAUCAUAUCCAUCACCGCCUGAUUUGCAAGCAUCGUCAUCAUCAUCAAAUGAUUUAUUACCGUUAAACGAUGAAUAUGGAAUGAUGGAUGAAGUUUUUGGUUACGAUGUUGAUAUAAUUGAACAAGAGAUUACUGAAGAUGACUUUGAAAUGUUUGAUACUAUGAAUGAGCCCAAAAAAAUCACUACACAACCAGUAAAUGCCACACAUAAUCUUAUUGAAACCCCACAAAUACCAAAAGAAAAAUUGAUUCAUCAAAAAAUAUUAAAAGACUUGGAGUUUGUUCCAGAAAGAAACCCGUUAGUUCCUGACGAGUGGGCACCAUUGAAAUUUAAUAAUCCUGAUAAUCACAAAUUUCAACCAGGUGGAAGUUAUUGGACAGUUGUCAAUGAUAAGAAAAGAAAAAGAAGUUUUACAUAUACACCUGAUUACAAGCCUCAACAUUUACAAGCUAAAAAACCUCGUCUAGAAAAAGAAAUUGCUAAUGACAAUUUGGCUAGUUCUGAUGAAAGUAGUAGUGGUGAUUAUGAUUCAGACGAUUAUAGUACUGAUUCAUCAAUCGAUUUCAAUGAUCGUGCAGAAACCAAUCUACAAGACUGCGAUAGAAGCAGUCGAAAUUUGGGAUUUGUUAAUUCAGCCAGAUUCAUGUCAGUUAUAGCUACGCUUAGUCUUUUUGCAUUGGCAUUAGACUCCCUUCGUGAUCAAGUUGCAUUAGGUUCUUAUCCUUUUGGUGUUGGACUUAAAGGCGAAGGUGAAAGUAUAUCAGAACUUGUAGAUUCAAAACAACGUUUGAUGCAGGCACUUAAAGGAGAGUUGCCAGUUGCUUCUGCUCUUCCUUGUGAAAUUGACGAUGUUACGAAUUCAUUUAAAGAAGUUGUUAGUGAUGUUUGUAAAAAUUUACCCAAAUCAGAAACACUUAAAGAAAUCACAGUUAAAGGACCUCUUACACUUAAUGCAUAUUGUGACUUAAUUGGGACAGAAUAUUUGAACAAAGGUGAAGGUGAAGUGCCUUUAUCUUUUCUUGAAGAACUCCCAACUCCUGAUAUUACAGUUGCAGCUACUGAAGGUUCAAAUGAAUAUUUGAUUGAUUGUUCGCCGGAAAUUAUUCAAUACUGGGACAAACAUAAUAUUAUUCCGUAUGACGGAAAGAAAAAUAUCAGAUAUUAUGUUCUUUAUCCGGACAAUGAGCAUCUACGUGAUUAUGUUAAAUCAUUUUUUGAUAGAUUAAGUAUUCAUUAUGAGAUGUGUUCCUUGGGUUCACACAAAUCUGCCGAGAUGAACGGCACCUUUCAUGGACUUAUUCCUAUUUCUCUUAAUCAACCGGUUCUUGGCGAAUCUGAGCUCAAUCGAAGAAUUAAAAGUUAUGAAGAUCGUUUUUCAAUAUUUGGCAAAAAAUAUUUGACAAAAAUGAUUGAUCCAUAUCAAAAUGAAGAUAUUGUCAUCUAUAUUGUGAACCCAUUCAACCAUUCAUCAGCAAAUUAUGAUGUUAUGUAUAGUUUUGUAAGACUUAUUAUGGAAUUCAAAAAAGAGCUGGGGAGUCGGUUGAACCAAAAAAUCAUCGAUAAGAUCAUACCUCAGAUAGUACCAGCUGAACACAUUAUCACUUAUGGCGAGACUAUUUUCAAUACUGCACACGAUAAACAACUUCUUCAGCAAUUAGCAUUCAGUGUUUAUACCAGAUCAAAGAAUUAUAAAGUGCCAUUUGUAUUACCCAAACCUGACGUUAUCGAUGUCAAAUUUCAAUCAUAUAAAGAAGUAAUGCAACAAAAAUCAAUAAAUAAACAAACGAGUCCGCUAAAAUAUGAUACAGUAUUACAUAUGUCGUAUGGUUACAGCAUUGAUCAAAAAAUUAUUUUUGUUGUAUGGAUUGACACGGAAGGAAAGAAUUACGGAAGCACAUCAAUAACAACACAUUUUGAUAAAGAACGACAAACGAUCGAUACAGAGUUCUCACUCAAAGAGGCGUGGAAACGUACACAUGAGUUCUGGGGGAAAUCUGGUAAACAUAGACGUAUCAUUAUAACGAAAGCAGGCGAAAUGAGUAAAGAAGAAGUUAAUAUUUGGAUAAAUUUGACUGAAGGAAAAUAUGCAAUAUUUUGCAUGAAUAUCGAAUCAAAACUAAAAUUCUGUCCUCAGACCUCAAAAGAUGAUGAUAGAAAAGUAUGUGGCUUAACUUUAAAACAUCCAAUACCACUUUACGAUUUUAAACCACUGGCAAGUGGUUAUAUAUUAGAAGUAAAUCGUAAUGAAUGUUUAUCAAAUGGUGUUCAGGUCGAUCUGGUGUAUAAUCCUUCUGAUGCGGGUAACGAUAACGAGACUUUAUGGGAAUGUGUUCAACAUUUCCAUCAAUUAGUAUAUAUGGAAGUUUCACCGAAAAAAACUACUCUGCCAUUUCAUAUACUGAUGAUAGAAAGGUUGAUUAGAACUUUUGUUGGUGUUUCUUUAUAA